AUGUUCUUCACUGUAUCUAUAACACCAAUCAUCUGGUUCAAUCUUCUGCUUUGCAUCGCUUCUAAUAAAAAUGAAACUUCCCAUCUACCUAAUUUUGGUGCUGCUGAUAAAAUUGUUACAAAUAAUACUUAUUCUGAUAUCUCAGACAGCUUUGAUUACAACAAUUUUGAGCCAUUGUUUGGCUCAGAAUUUCCAUCCGAUCCUUCGCAGUUGAUUGAUUUCGAUCAGUUGAGUGAAAUUGAGGAUAUAAGUAGCAAAGAAUCGAUACCCGAGAUCACAAAUGCUCCUCAUCCUGGCUUUUCAAACAGCCAUGGUUUGUUGGGUCGCACUAAUUUGGGCUCAUUACUUGGUUCAUAUACAGAUUCAAAUAGGAAUGUGUGGAGAGAUGCUAAUGGAGAAUUAAAAACAAAUGAUGAUAAAGCACGAUAUCCUAUCAUUAGAGAUGCUCAAAGUGAAACUUCUUCGCCACUUAAUGUCGACACCGAUGACAUUAUUACAUAUAUGCACUUACCUGGUUCACAACAAAAUGCGGUUCCGAUCUAUUUUCACCAACUUACUCUUUCCCCAGAUGACACAUCCGAUCAACACGGAAAUGCUGAACAGAACAAUAUGGGCAAUAAGCACUUCUCGGAUAACUUGAUUGUCCCCGACUACAGGGAAAAUACCAAUGAACGAUCAGAAACAGAUAAGAGAAAGUAUAUUUGUCAUUACCCCGGGUGUAAUAUGAUCACGGAAAAUUACAAAGAAUAUGUAAUACAUAAGAAAACACACGGUCAGCCCUUCAUCUAUGAAUGCAAAGUGCCCGGUUGUGGGAAGACAUUCCACCAUGAUUCAUCAUUUCGCAAUCACAAACAGAUGCAUGAACCUAAUCCUCAGUGCGAGGGCUGUGGCAAAUUCUUCGCCACCAGGAAUGCACUGUGUCGUCAUAAGAGGAUCUGCCAAACAAAAUCUCACAAACAAAGCUACAAAUGUCUCUAUCCUGGGUGUGCUGUGAUCGCGAAAAGUUACAACGAAUAUAUAACACAUAGGAAGACACAUGGUCAGCCCUUCAUCUAUGAAUGCAGAGUGCCCGAUUGUGGGCGAACAUUCGACUAUGAACCAUCAUUUUGCAAUCACAAGCAAACGCAUGAACCUCGUCCUCAGUGCGAGGGUUGUGGCAAAUUCUUCAUCAGUAGGAAUGGACUGCAUUGUCAUAAAAAGAGCUGCAAAUCCCAAAAUGAGACACAAUUUGGGCAUUCUUCGCAUGCAUGA